CAAGUUGGGAAUGUUACUGGUGAAGAAGAUUGAAGUCUUCCAUGUGAUAGAUGACGAGUAUCCUGAACCUUGGAGAACAAAACUUGAGGAUGAACAUGUCGAGGAGAUAAAGAAACAACUUAAAGAGAAGAAACCUAUACGUGGGUUAGGCAUCAAAAAAUAUAACGUACUUCUGAUUGGGACGAUCGGUGUCGGAAAGUCUAGUUUUUACAACACCCUUGCGACUGCAUUUAGAGAUAAAGUAGAGACAUUUGCUCCUACAGGAGGGUCGAAAGGAAGUGUCACAAAUCAGAUUAAAGCAUACACGAUUGAGUAUGAAAAAGAUGCAGAACUAUGUGUACGAAUAUUUGACAUCAGGGGAUUUGAAUCCCAGAGAGGUUAUGAGCAUGAACUUGCUCUAAUACUAAAUGGACAAUUACGUAUCGGGUAUCAAUUUCCAGACAAACUGUCUAAGCCAGCUGAAGAGGACAUAUGUAAGACGACAACCUUGGAUGACCAAAUCCACCUUCUGUGUUUUUUGACGGGCCCGCCUGAAAAUUAUAACACAGCCCAGAUCGAGGAGAUUGACAACAUCUUACAUAUAACCAGCGUUAAAGGUUUACCAAAGGUUGUUGUAGCAACAAAGUUUGAUGAACAAUGUCUGAAUAUAACAGAGGAUGUGGACCAUCUGUAUAAAUGUAAAAAGUCAAAAGAGACAACAGAAGAUAUAGCAAAGUUUUUUAAGAUUCAGGAGAACCACGUUCUUCCAGUUGUUAACUACACUUCUGAGAACGUCAAAUCAAAAGGAAUAGAAAGACUAGCUCUACAAGCUCUCCAUAAAAUGAUAGAAGUUACAGAGUGUUUCCUUGCAAAACAUAAAGACAAGAAGACGAAACCGGACGCGUUUGAAGAGCGAAAGCAGCUUUCAAAGCAACAGGAAAUAGAUGUAAAAGUGAGACAGUUGUGGGAGGAAAUGGCGAAGUUUGAAAAUGAAACAUUUCGCAUUCUCUGUAUUGGACCAAUGCAUUCUGGAAAAUCACGUUUUAUUGAUUCAAUGUCUUCGGCUUUAAUGCGAAAGAUCACUCACAAAGCGGAAGGGUACGGUGCAUGUGGAGGACGAAGUGAUUGUCCAAACACAGAAAUGUUUCAGAUGUACAAAGUUGGAGACAAAAAAAGCAAUGUUUAUUUUGGUGAUACGCCUGGGUUCGAAACAACUGGCGGUAUUACAAAGGAAGAUAUACUAAGCAUUGUGGAAGGCAAUGUUCCAAAGAAAUUUAGUUUUAAAGAUGCAACCCCAAAUGUUCAACUUGGUAAAGGAGAUAAAAUCUACUGCGUCUGUGUUGUUUUCGAUUGCAAGUCUGUUGAUGCUGGAUUACCGACUGAAGUUAAGACAACAAUACAAACAGUCCUGAAAUCCCUGUCCCAGAAAAAUAUUCCUUGCAUUGCGAUUCUGACGAAGGGAGACGAAGAAAGUGAGAACACACAGUUUGAUAAACUUCUGGUGUUUGAAAGCAAACAUGUUAAAAGAUGCAUGACGGCACUUAAGACGGAAUUUCAUUUCAAUCUGAACGAAAUAUUUCCAGUAAUCAAUUACAUAGACGAAAACAAUGUUGAUGACGGCGGUGAUAAGCUAUUACUAGAUGCUCUGAGCAAGAUUUUAGAACUCGUCAGGGACGAUUUGGAUGGCACUGAAGAAAAAGUGUCAAACUAAGAAUCAGAUCAAUGACAAUGUUACCUUGGAAUUUGUGAAAAAAAUAACAAUUGUUUAAGGAAAAUAUGUUUGUCACAUCUUGUGUCAAAUACAUUAUUGUUUUGCUUUUAUUUUUUCUGUAACAAAUUCAAAUAUUUAAUAA